CCACUGCAACCCGCCCGGCAGCCGGCCGUCCUGACCGUUGCCAGGCGGGCCUCCAGCGGAAAAUGGCACCAGCCUGAGGGGCGAUUGUCCGACUCCGGCUGUAGCAAGUCUCCCCGCCGUCGCCCCUCCGACGAGAACAUAAAUCCCCUCCUCCCUCGUUUCCCCUCUUCUUUUUUUCUUCUUCCCUCUUCAGACUUUCUUUCUCCCACACUUAUACCCUGUUUAGAUACCCACUAAAAGUUCCUCCUUCAAAAUGUCUAACCUUCCCCGUGAGCCCGAGUUCGAGCAGGCCUACAAGGAGCUUGCCUCCACCCUUGAGAACUCCACUCUCUUCCAGAAGAACCCUGAAUACCGCAAGGCUCUCGCCGUCGUCUCCGUCCCCGAGCGUGUCAUCCAGUUCCGUGUCGUCUGGGAGGACGAUGCUGGCAACGUUCAGGUCAACCGUGGUUUCCGUGUCCAGUUCAACAGCGCCCUCGGCCCCUACAAGGGUGGUCUCCGUUUCCACCCCUCGGUCAACUUGUCCAUCCUCAAGUUCCUCGGUUUCGAGCAGAUCUUCAAGAAUGCUCUCACCGGCCUGAACAUGGGUGGUGGUAAGGGUGGUUCCGACUUCGACCCCAAGGGCAAGUCCGACAACGAGAUCCGUCGCUUCUGCGUUUCCUUCAUGACCGAGCUGUCCAAGCACAUCGGUGCCGAUACCGAUGUUCCCGCUGGUGACAUUGGUGUCACCGGUCGCGAGAUCGGCUUCCUCUUCGGCCAGUACCGCAAGAUCCGCAACCAGUGGGAGGGUGUUCUCACCGGUAAGGGUGGCAGCUGGGGUGGUUCCCUGAUCCGCCCUGAGGCCACCGGCUACGGUGUUGUCUACUACGUCGAGCACAUGAUCGCCCACGCCACCAACGGCCAGGAGUCUUUCAAGGGCAAGCGUGUUGCCAUCUCCGGUUCCGGUAACGUCGCCCAGUACGCCGCUCUCAAGGUCAUCGAGCUCGGCGGUUCCGUCGUCUCCCUCAGUGACAGCCAGGGUUCCCUGGUCAUCAACGGUGAGGGCAGCUUCACCCCCGAGGAGAUCGAGGCCAUUGCCCAGAUCAAGGUUGAGCGCAAGCAGCUCGCCAGCAUCGUCGGUGCCGCUCCCUUCAACGACACCAACAAGUUCAAGUACAUCGCCGGUGCCCGCCCCUGGGUUCACGUCGGCAAGGUCGACGUUGCCCUCCCCUCCGCCACCCAGAACGAGGUUUCCGGUGAGGAGGCCCAGGCUCUCAUUGACGCCGGUGCCAAGUUCAUCGCCGAGGGUUCCAACAUGGGUUGCACCCAGGAGGCUAUCGACACCUUCGAGGCCCACCGUCAGGCCAACGCCGGUGCUGCCGCCAUCUGGUACGCUCCCGGUAAGGCCGCCAACGCCGGUGGUGUUGCUGUCUCCGGUCUGGAGAUGGCUCAGAACUCUGCUCGUCUCAGCUGGACUGCUGCCGAGGUUGACGCUCGUCUCAAGGACAUCAUGCGCGACUGCUUCCAGAACGGUCUCCAGACUGCUCAGGAGUACGCUACUCCCAAGGAGGGUAUCCUGCCUUCCCUGGUGACUGGUUCCAACAUUGCCGGUUUCACCAAGGUGGCUGCUGCCAUGAAGGACCACGGUGACUGGUGGUAAAUGUUUCUCUGAUGUGUGAUGAUAAUGUUUGUUUUUAGCGCGUGAUAGAGGCGCCGGUGUUUCGGACCUAGAUGGAUCAUAUGAUACCUUUUGCUGUGCUUG